AUGGCACCGUCGUCCACCAAACCACUCGCACACUUCAUGCACCCUCCUCACCGGCUCACCGAACUUACGGCCAACACAUCCUACCACUGUGACGGCUGCAAGAUUGCUGGAACCGGUACACGUUUCACUUGCACCAUCUGUAACUUUAACUUGCACGACUACUGCGCCAAGUGUCCCACCAGGUGGAUCAUCUCCACGACCCACCACCGGCACGAGUUAAGUCUUUUUCUCCACAGGCCCAAAGUCAACCAGACCCAACCUUGUCAAAUAUGUCAUAACCCGGUUGAGGGUCUGGCUUAUCAAUGCAAAGGCUGCAACUUCUUGGUCCACCCCCUUUGUGUUUCAACUGGCGCAAAGGAAUCCGAACGUAUUGACCCGGAGGAUGUGAUUGAAUUGGCGGCAAACGCCAUGAGUUAUGAACGGGUUAAAGAAGAUGGUGGUCGCUUCUCUUUUGCUACUUCGAAUUUAUCAAGUGGUUAUGAGGGCCCUUCAAGUGGUUCUAAAACAUCAGAUGGUGAUGAUCAUGGGCAUAUUUUUGGGGCGAUCAUUAGAGGCAUUGGACAUUUGUUGGAAUCUAGUUCUGAUUAA